AUGCCCUCUCUGUUUUCAUCUCCCUCAGCCCUAAAUGAUCUACUAUCAAAUCUACAGGACAUCAGCAUUGAGGAUGCACUUCCAAGAUCUCCCAGUCCUGAAUGUCUGCACAGCGAUCUCUGGUCCGACACGGAGCAAGACCUUGCUCUGACACAGUUCGAACGUUCAGGGCAAACUGAUGAUUCUGAAUCUGAUAUUGCGGAUGAUAGCGAUCAUCCUCACGCAGACUUUCUGCGAUACUUUGGGGUGUUAAAGGCACCCUGUAGCGAUGCCACAAAAUAUGCUCCAACUCCCGAGAACUCGCCCGAAGUAGACCUUUCAUCGGGGCAAAUGGUGUACGGAGUGGGCCUCAACGAGCCAGCUCUGGUGCACAGGGAUGGCGAGGUUAACAUCCCCAAUUUAUCGAGCAGAUCAUAUGAACGAAAUAUCGAAGACCGCAACGGCUCACACCGGGAUCAUGUUGGCCAAGUCUUGCCUAUUUCUCCAGAUGCACCUCCGACCACCCCUGUUCUUCAUGGGAGCCAUGCCGUACUACCUUCUGCAACAGGCCCCAUGAAAGAUGUCGGACCAACGUCUCAUAUACCCUCCGCGACGUUCGCCAAGUCCGUCGACGAUCCCGUCGAUCCUCACGAGACUUCAAAAAUUUUGCCCUCAUCUAUUGCGGGAUUCGGUCAGGUCAUCGAGACGACUCGCGUCCAGCGCAAACGUCCAGUGCCGGUGUUCUCACCCGAGACUACGAAGACCUUUGCUACGACGAGAAGGGGACGCGCCACACACCCACUGGAGGAGCCGUGUCCGCCAUUGACUCCUUUGGCACUGACGCCGAAGUUAGGACAGCCGCAGGCAUGCUCGUCACCUUUUGGGGGCGCGGUGCUCUUUGGAACGUGA